ACCCUUAUAAAUAGAGCAUCUUGAAUGAAGUUCUAAGCAGUGUAACAAAAAUCUUUACUUCUAUUUUGUAUAACAAAGCUUCAUUCAUUUCAUUUCUUUGUUAUCUCUCUGAUCUCACACAAACAAUCAAGAAGAAAUUAAACAAAAACAUGUCAGAAACUCUUCGUAUGAUUGUUGCUGUUGUUGGAAAUGCUGCUUCUGUAGCACUUUAUGCUGCACCAACUGUAACCUUCAAGAGGGUGAUAAGGAAGAAAAGCACUGAGGAUUUCUCAUGCAUUCCCUACAUCAUAGGACUCUUGAAUUGUCUCUUGUUCACAUGGUAUGGAUUGCCAAUUGUGAGUUACAAGUGGGAAAAUUUCCCUCUUGUUACUGUUAAUGGAGUUGGGAUUGUUCUUGAGUUCUCCUAUGUUGUCAUCUAUUUCUGGUUUGCUUCUUCUAAGGGAAAGGUGAAGGUGGCAAUGGUGACAAUACCAGUUCUUAUACUGUUCUGCAUAGCUGCUGCAGUUUCAGCUUUUGCAUUUCAUGACACUCAUCAAAGAAAGUUGCUUAUUGGAAGCAUAGGUUUAGGUGUUUCUGUUGCCAUGUAUGCUUCUCCUCUUGUUGCCAUGAAACAAGUCAUAAAAACCAAGAGUGUGGAGUUUAUGCCUCUACCAUUAUCUUUGUGCUCUUUCUUGGCUGGUUCACUAUGGAUGACUUAUGGAUUCAUGAUUCGCGAUAUAUUUGUUGCGGGACCAAGUGUGGUUGGAGUGCCAUUGGCCAUACUCCAAUUAGUUCUCCACUGCAAAUACCGGAAAAGGAGGGUUUUGGAGGUACCAAACAAGGAGGGAAUGGAAGAAAAUGGUAACUUUGAGAAAGUGGAUUUGGAAAAGGGAAGCUUGGAAAUGAAUGAAGUGGAAAUCAAUGUGACAAAUCAAAAGAACAAUGGAGACAACUUGUGAAAAAACAAAUGUUGAAAACAUGGUAGGGUGAUGACGGGUUUUCAGAAAAGUUUCUACUUAGAUUCUGCCUUUUUAAUGUUCUUUUCUUCUUUCUUUCUUUCUUUUUUUUUCCUUCCUUCUUUUUUGUAUUAUUGUUAUUAGGGGUAAAAAUGGUGUUAGCCAUGGAUGUAUUCAUCACAUAAAGAUCAGUUAACACUUAGUUCUUUCUUGUUUACAA